AUGCCAGAAACUCAAUACUUCCAUCAAGAAAUUACCCUCUCCUCUCAAUCCUCGCCGCCGAACACGAAAUUUCCCGCUAAACUUGCGUACUUCACCCUCGGCUCGUCCAGCAACCCAGCCGUCCUCCUUCCGACUUGUUUCGGCGGUACUUUGGCAUCUACGUCGCCAUGGCUCUACACCCAAGAGUCCGCUCCCAACGCGACAGGACCUAUUCUCUCCACGAAGGAAUUCUUCAUCAUCGUGACAGCUCUCCUGGGCGGUGGUGAGUCUUCCUCGCCCUCCAACACCCCCGAACCAUGGAGCGGUCCCAAAUUCCCGGGAACAACAUACGAAGACAACAUCCAUCUCCAAAAAUCCCUAUGUGACUCUCUAGGCAUCGGGAGACUCUUCGCGUACAUUGGAUUCUCUAUGGGUGGACAGCAAGCCUACCACAUGGCCACGCUCUAUCCCGACUUCGUAGAGAAUAUGGUUUGCAUCGCCGGUUCCGCGAAGACGAGUUGGCAUAAUUGGUCUUUCCUUGAGGGCCCCAAAUUUGCCUUGAUGCAUUCUGUGGAUUUCAAGGAUGGGGAGUAUGGGAAUGUGAGGCCGAGGAGGGGGAUCGAGGCUUUUAAGAGGGUUUAUUCUACGUGGGCUUUGAGUCAGGCGUGGUUUAGAGAGCGGUGUUGGAGAGAAUGUGGGUUUGAGAGUUUGGAGGCUUAUUUGAAUGCAAGAUGGAAUGGGGAACAGGGGGAUGGAAAUGAUUUGUUGGCCUUGAUUUGGACUUGGCAGCGUGGUGACAUAGGGAUUUAUUUUCCCGAGGAUGGUGGGGAUUUGGGCAAGACAUUGGGGAGGAUUAAGUCUAGGUGUUUGGUCAUGCCGGUGAGAACGGAUAUGUACUUCCCUUCCGAGGAUAGUGUGGAGGAAGUCAAGUGUUUGGAAAAAGGAGAGUUGAGCGUCAUCGAGAGUAUUUGGGGACAUUUGGCUGGUGGUGGCGGUGGCUCAACAGAAGAUAGCGAGUUCAUGGUCAAGGAGAUCACGCGGUUCUUGGGAGUAUAG